AUGGGUAAUCCUCAAAACAACCCUUACUCAAAUACUUACAAUCCGGGUUGGAGAAAUCACCCUAACUUCUCAUGGAGAGAUCAAGACAAGUCUGGAAAUUCGAGUCAGUACUCUAAUCAAAGGGGUUAUAGUCAAGAUCAAAAACCUCCGUCCUCUCAAGAGCAAGGAAGUGGAAAGAAGAGCCUUGAAGAGAUUGUGGGAGAACUGGCACAAGCCACUAGCAAGCUUCAGGUGUCCACAGAUAGCUUCAUUAAUGAGUCCAGAAAUAACUUUAAGAAUCAGGAGGCUUCAUUCAAAAAUUUGGAGAAUCAGGUCGGUCAAAUUUCCAAACAAUUAUCUGAGAGACCUCCAGGUAUGUUUCCUAGUAACACUGUGCCUAAUCCUAGAGAGAAUAUUUCUGCUGUUACUCUAAGAAAUGGAAAAGUUAUGCAUGAAAUUGAAAAGAAAAAAGAUAGUGAAAAGAAUAAGAGUGAGUCUAGAAAUAAAAGUGAAUCUGAAAUAAUAAGUAAGGAGAAAGACCAAAGUAAAAAUAUGAUAGUAAGUGAGAAUAAAGAAAAGAAAAAUCCUGCUUGCUGUGGAAAAAUUCCUUCUCCCAAUGCUUUAGUAAAAAAGAAUUUGGAAAAACAGUUUUCAAAAUUUUUAGAAGUUUUUAAGAAGCUUCAAAUUAACAUUCCUUUUUCUGAAGCAUUGGAGCAAAUGCUCACUUAUGCUAAGUUCAUGAAAGACAUUUUGUCAAGGAGAAGGAAGUUAAGUGAGCAGAGUGAAACUAUAAUGUUAACUGAGGAAUGCAGUGCUAUUCUAUAA